AGGCUAAUCACCAGGGGAAUGGCCAAGUCAACGCAAGUACAUCUUCAAGAAGAAUGAAAACUUUUUUGCACUACCUCGCUUCAGGAGGCUUUCACAGACAGGUCGGUUAUGCUGUUGGUUAUGCUAAGCCAACUGCAAUAUUACAUGUGACUGAGGUUUCUGACUUUUUCUUUGACAUAGCUGCGCGUCAUAUUUCAUUCCCUGAGCAGGAUGAGUUUGAUCAACUGGCCCAGCCUCUGGUUGAUAUCGACGGAGUUGAGCGGCAAGUGAUUCUUUUCAUAGACGGCGUUAUUGUGAAAAUCCAAAAGCCUGAUAGGGCUGGUGAUGCGUAUUACUGUGGGAGGCCGGGGAAAUGUUGCGACUCCAUCAACGUGCAGUACGUUGUAGAUCGAUUUGGCAGGGUAAGACACGUUAUAAGCGGAGUACCUGGAUCGACGCACGACAAAACAGCGGCCGAGUGGUCUCGAGAAUUGUUCGACUUCCUUGAUCAACUUCCAGAGGAGUAUGUUAUGCUUGGUGAUCCUGCCUACAGGAACCUGCACCGAUCUGUGCUGAUUACUUUUACUGGAAAUAAUCUUCGACAGGAACAACUAGAUUUUAACAACAGAUGCACUCGACUCCGUCAAAUAGUUGAGAGGUCUAUCGGAUGUACUGAACUGAUAUGGAGGAUCAAUCAGCUAAAAGAGAAUAGGUACGCUGCGAAAUAUGGCCCUGUUUUUCCAUCAAAAUGCACUGUAGCAACAUGCGUGUUACACAACCUUUACACCAAUUUCUUGGCUUGAACCAUAUGUGA